AUGGCAUCUGAGCGAGAAUUGAUUCAAGAUGCCAGGCAGGAUAAACUCAGAGAGCUACUAUUCUUGUUUACGAAUCCACUUCAGUCAUUGGAGGCUUUCAAAGCCAGAGACAGCUCCCAGGUUGGUCAAGAUUUCUACAGCGCCAACGAUAUCGCUAGAAAUGAGCCCUUAAACAUUAAUCUGCUCCCAUAUGUAUGUGAUUCCCAAGCUUUAAAGAAUGAACUCAUAUCGGCUUUGCAAACAGAACUCUUCCAGCCGGAGCAUUUAAAGAGACCGGCUGAAUCGCCAGAGAUAGAGCGAGCUUCCAAGAGCAGAAAAACCACCAUGAAAGAUUACCCAAGCCGAAUCAUGCCGGCAGAUUCGAAGCAGGCGGUGAAAAAGCUGGCUGUCACAUCUUUGAAGAGCCCAGUAGAAGCGCUAGAUGCCCAUAUGAAUGAAUUCUUAAACAAGAGUAUCCUGGAGCUAGAUGUCAUACAAGUGCCUGAGAACUACCCCACGGAGGUACACGAUGUUUCCUCAUUGGCAGAGCUUUAUUACUUGACCCAAACCCUACCGUUGUUUAAACUUCUCCCGGGAUCGCAUAAAACCUUGAUGACUGAAAACUUCGAACUGGCACUUCUUGAAGGAAAGAUUGCCGUGCUUUACGCUCGUAUCGAGGAACUCAAAAGACAAAAAAAAUGGUCUCUCAGGCAGCCCAUUCGCUACUACGAUCCAUACAUCUAUUCCAAGAAGAACAAGAAGUCUAAGGCAUACUCCUGGGACAUCUUACUAGACGAAAGUAAAUGGUUAUUUACAGACUUCAAGGAGUCCACGAAGUUUAAAAAAGCUUGUUGUUUUACUAUUUCCCAAGGCAUUCAGGAUUAUUGGUCUUAUGGUAAGGUGAUGUGUAUCAAAAGAGCUCCCAUCAAGCAUAUAGGAGAAUCGAACAAGACGAAUAUUGUGGAUCAAAUCAUGUCUGAGGUUGAAACCGCUGAACCUACCCAACGUGACUCACCUUCUCUGAAGGAGAAUGCUACCUCCCCAGAUAAUGUGGAAGGAAUGAAGACUGAGAAAGCAGAUAUUGCUGACACUAUCGACAUCAGCAAGCUCUUAGAGAGGUCCUCGCCAUCAUCAGAAAUUACGCCACCUGAAUUGCCUGAGUAUACUAAAGAAGAUCUUGAGGCGGCUGGCAUCUCUGAUGUUGAAAAUGUGCCCUUCAAGACUCAUGCCGACAUAAGUGAUCUUCGUAAGGUCGACCAAUCGAUUGUUAGAAACUUGCCUAGGUAUAGUGCUUUUGAUGGUUACGAGAGUUUGCUUUCAUCAAGAAAAUCCACAGAGUUCUCCAUUAUGCCCGUGUCGAGAAUGUUGCAUCCUAUGGAUAGCGAACAAGGAUGGUUUAAGAUUAUUUUGAAGGAUAGCAAGGGAGCUGAGCUCGGUAGUUCGAAAAUUUCGGGCCCACCCGAAUACCAGAAAGGGCUAUUUGGUUCACAACAUCGUCGCUUCAACUUUUUACGUCCACCAAAACCGCCGAACGUGAGAAACAUUGAAUUCAGGUCACCGACUAUUUGGCUUCCGCAAGAUGACAUGCAUCUCAUACAUUAUGUAGCCGAGUUCUGCUUCAACUGGGAUCUCAUUGCUGCACAUCUAAAUUCUCAUUCUGCAACCUUGAAAAGAUACGAGUCCAAUAUCGAGAGGAGAACGCCCUGGCAAUGUUUUGAAAGAUACAUCCAACUUAAUGAAAAGUUUCAAUUUUCCGACAUGAAAGGCAUCAAUGCAUAUCCAGCACAGCAAUGGCUUGAACACGCCCACAAAGCUCAGCUGACCACCAAGAGAAGAAUCUCACCUCUUGGUGUAGGCAAUGAAUCCAUACAAAGAGGUCAUAGAAAACUUAGGUGGGCCUCGAUGUUUGAUGCCAUGAGAAAGACAAUGAGAAAGCGUGAACAGGCGCUUGCUAAGAUCAACCAUCGCAGAUCUGCGAACAACUCUCCAGAUUACGGCGUUGCAAGCAAUGCUGCUAAUGGUGGCCGUGCCAAUGACCAUAUACCAUCUCCCGCUGAGCUUCUGAGACUCAAGUUUGAUAGAGAUAGAUCCAAGCAGGAGACUCACAUGAGCCAGGAGGCCACCCGUGCAAGAAUGCUCAACGCCGUUUCCCAGCUGCAGAAGGGCCAGCAAGGAAGUGGGCCAGCUGGUUCAGGAAUGGCACAUAAGUCUGUUCAGCAGCAGCGUGAACAAGCUCACAGUGCUGCUGUAGCCGCCGCUGCUGGUGUUCCUCAGAGGCGUGUGUCACAAGCCCCUAAUCAAUUGCAAGGUAUGCAGCAGAGAGCUCAAGGUGCUGGAAUGACGACGCUUGGAGCCGGCGCAAACUUGCUGAGACCACAAACGGUGGGGCCCGGCAGCGCUCCUCUGCUGCUUCAACAGCAACAACUGGGCCCUCAGGCUUCAGUUGUUAAUGAUUUGAAGCGGCCGACAACGCCGAACGGCACUCCUUACACGAAGGAGCAAAUCCAGCAGCUUCUUUUGCUUCAGAAACAGAGAAGGUUAAUGCAGCAGCAAAACCAAGCUGGAAGUGGCGGCGUCGCGGGGUCCGGCAACGCCAAUAUGGCCAAUCUUCAAGGAGCAUCAGCUCAAGGAAGAAAGCUUCAAGGCUACCAAGCAAACCAGCAAGCGACGGGGCAGAGUCUUAGUGCAGCCCAGUCUAAUGCUGGUGUUGGUGGUAACACUGGUGCUCCAUCACAGGCAGCAAUGGCCCUGGGCAAGAGAACUGGAACGCCCACUAAGGGACGUCUUCAGUUUGCACCAGCGCAUGUCUCUGCAAUAAUCAAUUCAAUUCAGCAGAAGAAUCCUAAUUUGACUAAGGAGCAGGUGACCAAACUCGCAGCAUCGUAUUUGGCCAACCUCCAACAACAGCAGCAGAACCGUUUACAUCAGCAACAGCUGCAGCAACAGUCAAACCAACAGCUGGCGCCUUCUCAGGGAGCAACAACCAGAAAUGCUGCAAACAUGACGGCGGCCCAGUCUGUUCAACAAAACCUUGGUCUGGCCAGACAAGCACACCUCCAGAGGCAGAGAAUGGCCGAGAAGGAGAUGGAUGCACAAAAACUCACGAAACUUCAAUACGAAGAGCGCAAAAAGCUCAUGAUGCAAAACCAGCAAGCGUCCUCCUCAUCCUAUGUGCAAGGAACCAGUGUCGGGAGUCCCGCCAUGAGCUCCUCACCUACUCCUUCAGGCACCAAAGGAAGGCCACUGGCGCAGCAGAGAAACUACAACCGUAAUCAGGCGAGCAAGGGCAAUAAUGGCGAAUCAUCGUAG